GCCGCGCGGCACAUCACUAGUUUGGGUGUGUAUCCACUUUUAUUCGUCAACUUUGCUGGAUUUUGGCCCGUAGAGUUCGAGAGUAAAAAAAACCAUUUAAGCCGGAGCUGCCAGCCAUUAAGAUCCAUCCAAACCAGUAUACCCAGAAUCAUACGAUAAGAUAAGCCAAAGCCAAAGACCAAGCCCUUCGGCGAAGCCACACAAGCACUAGCAACCAAGCACACCACCCCAAAUCCACUAUCCCGUAAUUGCAUUUCCCAGUAUCCGUAACACUGAGAACCUUUUCAACCAUAGGCCUAUCCGAGACAGCCAUCAUGGACGUAAUGUCAUCAUCCCUGCAGCAGCAGCGCGUCGUGGUGGAGCAGCUGCGUCGCGAGGCGGCCAUCGUCCGCCAGACGAUCUCGGAGUCGUGCGCCAAGAUGAUGAAGUACAUCACGGAGCACGAGCAGGAGGAUUACCUGCUUACCGGAUUCACCAGCCAGAAGGUGAAUCCCUUCCGCGAGAAAUCGUCGUGCACAGUCCUCUAAGGAGGCGGUGAGGAUUGUCCGCCGUUGCCGAGGAGUCAGCGAUCGCCGGCGGACGUUUAGCUUAUUUUUAGUUUAGCAAGAUGGAUUAGGACGCAAACGUGUGUGGAGUACUUCCCCAGUACCAGUCAACGCCACCUGGAACAAUAUAUAGUUGUGCAAGAGCCACAAAAGCUACGAUUGUCAUAAGCAAUAUCAUUACAAGAAGUUUGAAUUCCAAUUCUAGUUCCAAUUGCGAGGAAUAUAUAUAUAUAUUUGAAUCGAUAUAUCAAUGUGUACCAGCCACGUUAAGAAGUAAUGUCCGAACCCAGAAACACAAACUCAAUGUCAAACCUAAAUCUAUAUCUAAAUCUAAAUCGAAGCAUUUGUUCCAAAGAUAUCAGAGUUGUUUCCUUCCCGAUGAGUAACGCAGUUAAUGUACACGAAUAUCCCAACUAUAACGACAAUUAAUGCGCUGACUAUAGCACCUACUACUCUACCCAAACCGAAAUUCUAUAUAUACAAAACUAUCAACUUAAUCCGACAUACAAAUUUAUAUCAAUAAACGCAAACUCAGUCGAAACGGAAA